CUCCACUUUUCCAGGUCAGGCGAGAUACCGUGAAAGAUCGCGCCAUAAGGUCACUCUGGCUUUUGUAUUGACUCGAUCCAUGUUCAGAUCAGCUUGGACAGGGACAGAGAUAGUCAAGGCAAUCUUGAAGACUAAGCGUUGCCGACAUCUUCGCUGCUAUUCCAUAUCCAGUGGACCAGCAUCAUCGCCAACACUCCUCGUGCGACCAUUUGGAAAUCCAGAUCCUGACAUCUUGCAAUCUGACUUUACGCUCCUUCCACACUUCUACACCGCUGCCGAGACUCGCCAGCUACUUGCAGCGGCACUAUGGAAGCUGGAUCGUGGAGAUAGCACUAGGAGGCGGAGGUCAGGGCCUUCACAUCCACAGGCACAGCUACCGCACACGAGCUCUGCCAAUUCCCCACCGUUAGCAGAUCUGUUUCAUGGGCAGUAUGGCUUUGAACCGGGUCAUUAUGAUGCAGUGAUUCAUCAGUAUCGCGAAUCCCUAAUGUCCACUCUUCCGACCCCCUCCUCCUCCUCGUACCCCGACUUGAUCACCCUCCUGCACAAAGCAUACGCUCUCCUUCUUCCUGAUUCAACGUCGAUUGCCAACGGCACGCCGCCUUCCAAUGUCAUCACACAUCUCUUGCAUCUCUCUCCGGAAGGCCAGAUCAAAGGCCAUGUGGAUAAUCUCGAAGCGUCCGGAGGAGUCAUUUCUGGUAUUUGCCUGGGCGCCGAUCGCAUCUUGCGCUUGAGUAAGGGUGAAGCGGGCUCAUCUGAGAAAGGCUGGGAUGUGUUGCUCCAGAAUGGCACAGUGUACCUGCAGCGUGGUCGCCUACGGUACGAAUAUGAGCAUUCCAUCUUGCCAUAUGAUUCGACGGAUUCCAAUUGGGAUGGGCGGCCGCUCGUACCUGGUCAUCGUGUCAGUGUCAUGAUACGGGAUGCGCCAAAAGCCUAAAGUAUCUGGACCUUGGAAUAUGUAGGAGCCCAUGCAUUCUUGAUCUCGUAU